AUGGAUUUAGAAAGACUUGGUGUAGAGCUGGUAGAGGGCAGUCAUUUGGCAAUUGCUCAUCUGGAACUUCAGCCGACUUUGUUGGAGAAAAUUAAGAUUGCGCAGAUGCAAGACGCAAAAUUAGUAAACAUCAAAGUUAGAGUGCAGAGCGGACAAGGAGCUGAUUUUAAUAUUUCAGAUGAUGAAACUCUGAAGUUUCGUAGUAGGUUGUGUGUACCUAAUGACGCCAGAAUUAAAGACUAUUUUGGAAGAGGCGCACCGUUCCCCAUAUGUAGUACAUCUAGGAAGUACGAAAAUGUGAAGGCUGAGCAUCAAAGACCGGAGAGACUAUUGCAACCACUACACAUUCCCGAAUGGAAGUGGGAGCAUAUUUCUAUGGACUUCGUUCUGGGGUUACCGUCGGCACUUCAUGGACAGGACACCAUGUAA